UGCGCCUUGCGCCCGGGCCCCCAAGAUGGCUGCCGUGUGCUCCUCACGCUGGCUGCGGGUGGCCGAGGGGGCGCGGCGGUGCCCGCUGGCCCUGCGCCUGGCCCGGGGUGUGAGCAUGGGGCUUGGGGCUCUCCCGCCCUGCCCGGCCCUGGCGCCGCGGCUCUGCAGCCGCCCCGGGUUCCAACCUCAUCCUCUCCUCCAUGUUGCCUCAUUUCACACCAGCUCUGCGGCCUCUGCCAAAGAGGAUUAUUACCAGGUUUUGGGAGUGCCUCGGACUGCCAGCCAGAAGGAGAUCAAGAAGGCCUAUUAUCAGCUGGCCAAGAAAUACCACCCAGAUGCCAAUAAAGAGGACCCCAAAGCAAAGGAGAAGUUCUCCCAGCUGGCAGAAGCCUAUGAGGUCUUGAGCGACGAGGUGAAGCGGAAGCAGUACGACAUCUAUGGCACAGCCGGCUUUGACCCUGGCGCGGCGGGCUCCGGGCAGCAGUACUGGGGCAGAGGGCCCUCCGUGGAUCCCGAGGAGCUCUUCCGGAAGAUCUUUGGGGAGUUUUCCGGGUCCCCCUUUGGAGACUUCCACACUGUCUUUGACCAGCCGCAGGAGUACAUCAUGGAGCUGACAUUCACUCAGGCAGCAAAGGGCGUGAACAAGGAGAUCGUGGUGAACAUCAACGACGCCUGCCAGCGCUGCGAUGGCCGAGGCCACGAGCCGGGCACCAAAGUGCAGCACUGCCACUACUGCAACGGCACUGGCAUGGAGACGAUCAACACGGGGCCCUUUGUGAUGCGCUCGACGUGCCGGAGGUGUGGCGGCCGAGGCUCUGUCAUGACGACCCCCUGUGGGUUAUGCCGGGGCACAGGCCAGACCAAGCAGAAGAAGACCGUGAUGGUCCCCGUUCCAGCAGGUGUGGAGGACGGGCAGACGGUUCGCAUGCCUGUGGGGAAGAAGGAAAUCUUCAUCACCUUCAGGGUCCAGAAGAGUCCUGUGUUCAGGAGAGACGGUGCGGACAUCCAUUCAGACCUCUUCAUCUCGGUGGCGCAGGCAGUCUUGGGGGGGACGGCCCGCACUUCUGGUCUGUACGAGACCAUCAGCAUCACCAUACCUGCAGGGAUCCAGACAGAUCAGAGGAUCCGGAUGAGCGGGAAGGGCAUUCCAAGGGUUAACAGUUAUGGUUACGGAGACCACUACAUUCACAUAAAGAUCAGAAUUCCCAAGAGACUGACGGAGCGCCAGCGAGCCUUGAUGCUGAGCUACGCGGAGGAUGAAACAGAGGUGGACGGGACGGUGAAUGGGAUCACCAACACCACCACUGGGAAACGUUCUGCUGGAAACUAGAGCCAGAUGGCUGCAGUCCGGGGCGGAGGAGAGAAGAGUCCAGAACUAGCUGCAAACGCCAGCCAGAUGCCCCAGGCAGUGGAGGGACUGUGGAGCAGCUACAGUAAUGGUGAAGGACUGGCCGCUGCCAGGAAACCCGUCUCUGCCUGCUCUUCUAAACAGAGGAGCCUCUGAGCUUGUCCCAAGCCCCUCGGAGCAGCCCCCUGGCUGAGAACAGCAGCUUCUUCCUUGUAGGCUUUGCAGCCAGGAGAUCUUUGGGCCCCUUUCCCUCCUGCCCCCUCGGAGGGGUGGUAGCUGUUUCCCCUGGACUGCCUCGCAGAGGUUGGAGCACUUCCUGAGUUUUGCCCUUUGCUCGAAAGCUGAGCUGGAGGGGCCAAAAGCCCAGCUCCAGGGGUGGCUUGACACGAUCCUCCUUUGCCUGUAGCCCUUGCUCUCUUGGCUGCUUAGCCUGUGGUCCUCUGGGAUGAAGCCCCAUGUCUCUCUUGGCCCACAUGCCCAAGCUGGGGCACCCUGCCAGAAGGGACACUUUGCAGGUGUGGAUGUCCCAGAAGUGCAGCAUGGAUGGGAGAGGGGAAAGAGAGGGUCUCUUCCCUUCACCUCUUGGGCAGAGGGGGGAGAGAGAGCAGGACCUGAGCAAGCAGUCUCUGAAUCGGGGCUGGAGCUGCCUUCCCUGUGUGAACGUGGGCACCACAUCCGGGCCCUGAAGUCUUUCGCAGGACCCCACAACCUUGCCGUUCUCCCUUUCCCCUGGCAUUCAGUGCUCCUCCCCCCCCCCCCGCCUGUUACCAAGCAGCACCGAUAGCUAUCCAACUAAGUUGGUCUAAGUUAAUGUAAAUAAUAGAAAUGUUCAGUAAAAUGCUCAAUAAAAAAUGUUUAAUCUGUAA